UAUGGAUACUCAUGGAAAACAUGCCUUCAGUAUUCUACAUCAACAGGCAAUGGGGAGUCCACUCGCCGGCUGUCUGUCAGGAAGCGUGCCAAUUGUGGGACUUUUGCAUCCAGCAUGACAUGCACCUCGAGUUGCUGCGCCUCCCCAGUGUCUGGAAUGUGCUGGCGGAUUGCCUCAGCAGGUCCUUCUCCCACCAGGAAUGGACCCUCCACCUGGAGGUCAUCCAGGUAUUCUUCCAAAGGUGGGGAACUCUCCGAGUGGACCUCCAGGUUGCCACCAGGCAGAAGAGGAAGUGCCAGCAGUUCUGCUCCCUCCAGGGCCUAGGCAAAACCAAAGCUAAUUGAGCCAAUAGACUACGAAAAUGUCAUCGUUCAGAAGAAAACACAAAUUUUAAAUGAUGCGUUACGUGAGAUGCUACUUUUCCCUUAUGAUGACUUUCAGACAACAUUAUUGAAACGUCAGGGUCGAUAUAUAUGCUCUACUGUUCCUGAAAAUGCAGAAAAGGAAGCUCAAAGCUUGUUUGUAACUGAGUGCAUCAAAACCUACAACUCAGACUGGCAUGUUGUUAAUUAUAAAUAUGAAGACUACUCAGGAGAGUUUCGACAGCUUCCAAAUAAAGGGACCAAAUCAGAGAAACUUCCAGUUCAUGUAUAUGAAGUUGAUGAAGAAGCAGAUAAAGAUGAGGAUGCAGCAUCUCUAGGAUCUCAGAAGGGUGGGAUAACUAAACAAGGAUGGCUGUACAAAGGCAAUAUGAAUAGUGCAAUCAGUGUAACUAUGAGGUCAUUUAAGAGAAGAUUUUUCCACUUACUCCAACUUGGUGAUGGAUCAUAUAAUCUCAAUUUCUACAAAGAUGAGAAAAUAUCUAAAGAGCCAAAAGGAUCAAUAUUUUUGGAUUCUUGUAUGGGGGUGGUUCAGAACAACAAAGUGAAACGUUUUGCUUUUGAACUCAAGAUGCAAGACAAGAGUAGUUAUCUUCUAGCUGCAGACUGUGAACUGGAAAUGGAGGAAUGGAUAACUACUUUAAACAAAAUUCUCCAACUAAACUUUGAAGCUGCAAUGCAAGAAAAAAGAAAUGGAGAAUCUCAUGAAGAUGAUGAACAAAGCAAAAUGGAAAGCUCAUUAUCCAGCAUAGAUAGCUACUUUCCUGAAAUUUCCAAGAGUUCCAGAGAUGCAGAAAUCAAAUUCAAAAGUGAAAGCAGAGUUAAACUUUUUGUCUUGGAUCCAGAUGCACAGAAACUUGACUUUUCGGGUAUUGAACCAGAAGUGAAGCCAUUUGAAGAGAAAUUCGGGAAAAGGAUUCUAGUGAAGUGUAAUGACUUAUCUUUCAAUCUGCAAAGCUGUGUCGCUGAAAAUGAAGAAGGACCAACAACAAAUGUAGAACCUUUUUUUGUCACAUUGUCAUUGUUUGAUAUUAAAAACAAUCGGAAGAUUUCAGCAGAUUUCCAUGUUGACUUGAACCACGUCUCGGUGAGGCACAUGAUAUCUAAUGCGACACAGCAACCGAUGAAUGCCAAUGGUGAUUACUUACACAGGACUCAAGAUAUUAUCCAUGAGUCUAUCUUGCAAUAUCCUAAACAGGUAAUAUUCUCAGUUACAUGUCCACAUCCUGAUAUAUUUCUUGUGGCAAGAAUAGAAAAAGUACUGCAGGGAAGUGUUACGCACUGUGCUGAGCCAUAUAUGAAAAGUUCAGAUUCUUCUAAGGUUGCACAGAAAGUGUUGAAGAAUGCUAAGCAGGCAUGUCAGAGACUAGGACAAUAUAGAAUGCCAUUUGCCUGGGCAGCUAGGACAUUGUUUAAAGAUGCAUCAGGAACCCUGGACAAAAAUGCAAGAUUUUCUGCUCUCUACAGACAAGACAGUAAUAAACUCUCAAAUGAAGACAUGCUUAAGUUGCUAGCAGAUUUCAGGAAACCUGAAAAGAUGGCCAAGCUGCCAGUUAUUUUAGGAAAUCUAGACAUAACAAUUGAUAAUGUUUCUCCAGAUUUUUCUAAUUAUGUUAACUCAUCAUACAUUCCCAUGAAACAGUUUGAAAACAGUACCAAAACAGUAGUAACGUUUGAAGUAGAGGAAUUUGUUCCCUGUAUUCCAAAACAUUCUCAGCCUUUCACCAUCUACAACAAUCACCUUUAUGUUUAUCCAAAGCACUUGAAAUAUGACAGUCAAAAGUCAUUUGCAAAGGCUAGAAAUAUUGCAGUAUGCAUUGAGUUCAAAGAUUCGGAUGAAGAAGAUUCUCAGCCUUUAAAGUGUAUCUAUGGUAGACCAGGUGGACCAGUGUUUACAAGAAAUGCAUUUGCCAAUGUUUUACAUCACCACCAAAAUCCAGAGUUUUAUGAUGAGAUUAAAAUAGAAUUGCCCACACAGCUACAUGGAAAACAUCAUUUGUUUUUCACGUUCUACCAUGUCAGCUGUGAUAAUUCAAGCAAAGGCAGUACCAAGAAGAAAGAUGUCAUUGAAACACAAGUUGGCUAUUCUUGGCUUCCACUAUUAAAAGAUGGGAGAGUAGUGACAAAUGAGCAGCACAUUCCUGUGUCAGCUAAUCUUCCAUCAGGCUAUCUUAGCUAUCAGGAACCUGGGAUUGGCAAGCAUUCUGGUCCUGAAAUUAAAUGGGUAGAUGGAGGCAAACCAUUGUUAAAAAUUUCUACACAUCUAGUUUCUACUGUCUACACACAGGACCAGCACUUACACAAUUUUUUUGAAUACUGUCAGAAAACGGAGUCUGGAGCCCAGGCCUUAGGAACUGAUCUUGUAAAGUAUCUUAAGAGUCUUCAUGCUAUGGAGGGCCAUGUGAUGAUAGCUUUCCUGCCUACAAUUCUAAACCAAUUGUUUAGAGUUCUCACUAGAACUACUCAAGAGGAAGUUACAGUCAAUGUGACACGGGUUAUUAUACAUAUUGUUGCGCAGUGCCAUGAAGAAGGGUUGGAUAGCUACUUGAGGUCAUACGUCAAGUAUGCUUAUAAAGCUGAGCCUUAUAUUGCUUCUGAAUAUAAGACUGUACAUGAAGAACUGACCAAAUCCAUGACAACAAUUCUUAAACCAUCUGCUGACUUUCUUACAAGCAACAAGCUACUUAAGUAUUCGUGGUUUUUCUUUGAAGUUCUGAUAAAAUCAGUGGCUCAGCAUUUGAUAGAAAACGCUAAAAUAAAGUUGUUACGAAACCAGAGAUUUCCUGCUUCUUUUCACCAUGCAGUAGAAACAUUUGUUAAUAUGCUAAUGCCACACAUCACUCAGAAGUACAGAGACAAUCCAGAGGCUUCAAAAAAUGCAAAUCAUAGUCUUGCUGUCUUUAUAAAGAGAUGUUUCACCUUUAUGGACAGGGGUUUUGUGUUCAAGCAAAUCAAUAACUACAUCAGCUGCUUUGCUCCAGGGGAUCCAAAGACCCUUUUUGAAUUCAAAUUUGAAUUUCUUCGAGUGGUGUGUAACCAUGAACACUACAUCCCUUUGAAUCUACCUAUGCCAUUUGGAAAAGGCAGAAUUCAGAGAUAUCAAGACCUCCAGCUCGACUAUUCAUUAACAGAUGAGUUUUGCAAGAAUCACUUCUUAGUGGGACUGCUCCUACGGGAGGUGGGAAAUGCAUUACAAGAAUUCAGAGACAUCCGGCAGAUUGCAAUUAGUGUGCUCAAGAAUUUGAUGAUAAAGCAUUCUUUUGAUGACAGAUAUGCUUCCAGGAGCCAUCAAGCAAGAAUAGCCACUUUGUAUCUGCCAGUGUUCGGACUGCUGCUAGAAAAUGUCCAACAAAUCAAUGUCAAGGACGUGUCACCUUUUCCUGUUAAUCCUUCCAGCAGCAGUGCAAAAGAUGAACCACUUAGUAUGCCAGCUGCAAAUCCUUUAGUAACACCACAAAAGUCAGGAAACACUUUGGAUAACAGCCUCCACAAAGAUCUGUUUGGUGCUAUCUCCGGCAUUGCUUCCCCAUAUACCUCAUCAACUCCAAAUGUUAAUUGUGUAAGACAUGCUGACUCAAGAGGCUCCCUUAUAAGUACAGAUUCAGGAAACAGCUUCCCAGAAAGACAUAGUGACAAGAACAAUUCUCUUGACAAGAACCAGCACUGUGGCACUUUAGGAAGUUCUGUAGUUCGAAGUGGCAAAUUCGACCAAACAGAAAUCAAAAGUCUGCUCAUGUGUUUCCUUCAUAUUUUAAAAAGCAUGUCUGAUGAUGCUUUGUUUACAUAUUGGAACAAGGCUUCAACAUCUGAACUUAUGGAUUUUUUCACAAUCACAGAAGUGUGCUUGCAUCAGUUCCAGUACAUGGGAAAACGAUACAUAGCCAGGAACCAGGAGGGGUUGGGACCCAUAGUUCAUGAUCGAAAAUCUCAGACAUUGCCUGUUUCCCGUAACAGAACAGGAAUGAUGCAUGCCAGAUUGCAGCAACUGAGCAGCCUGGAUAACUCUCUCUCUUUUAACCACAGCUAUGGCCAUUCAGAUGCAGAUGUUCUUCACCAGUCCUUACUUGAAGCAAACAUUGCCACUGAAGUUUGCCUUACCACUCUGGAUACUUUAUCUUUAUUCACAAUGGCAUUUAAGAACCAACUACUGACUGAUCAUGGACAUAAUCCACUGAUGAAAAAGGUUUUUGAUGUGUACCUCUGCUUCCUUCAAAAAAAUCAGUCUGAAACAGCAUUGAAAACUGUCUUCAUUGCUUUAAGGACACUAAUUUUUAAGUUUCCCUCUGCAUUUUAUGAAGGUAGAGCUGACAUGUGUGCUGCAUUGUGUUAUGAAAUUUUGAAAUGCUGUAAUUCCAAACUGAGCUCAAUUCGUACUGAAGCUUCACAACUGCUGUAUUUCUUAAUGAGAAAUAACUUUGAUUACACAGGGAAGAAGUCUUUCGUAAGGACACAUCUGCAAGUUAUUAUUUCAGUAAGUCAGUUGAUCGCUGAUGUCGUUGGAAUUGGAGGAACUAGAUUUCAGCAGUCUCUUUCCAUCAUUAACAACUGUGCCAACAGUGACAGACUUAUUAAGCAUACUACAUUCUCUUCUGACGUAAAGGAUUUGACAAAGCGGAUUCGGACAGUCUUAAUGGCUACAGCUCAAAUGAAGGAGCACGAGAAUGAUCCAGAAAUGCUUGUGGAUCUCCAGUACAGUUUGGCAAAGUCUUAUGCCAGCACGCCUGAACUCAGGAAGACGUGGCUAGACAGCAUGGCAAGAAUUCAUGUUAAAAAUGGGGAUCUUUCAGAGGCAGCAAUGUGCUAUGUCCAUGUAGCAGCACUGGUGGCAGAAUAUUUGACUCGCAAAGGAAUAUUUAAGCAAGGCUGUAGUACUUUCAGAAUAAUCACACCAAAUAUAGAUGAAGAGGCUUCAAUGAUGGAGGAUGUUGGGAUGCAAGAUGUUCACUUCAAUGAAGAUGUGUUAAUGGAAUUAUUAGAGCAAUGUGCAGAUGGACUCUGGAAGGCUGAGCGAUAUGAACUGAUUGCUGACAUCUACAAACUUAUCAUUCCCAUUUAUGAAAAACGGAGGGAUUUUGAGAGACUAGCUCAUCUAUAUGACACACUCCAUCGGGCAUACAGCAAAGUAACAGAAGUUAUGCAUACAGGCAAGAGACUACUUGGCACUUAUUUCAGAGUAGCAUUCUUUGGACAGCAAUACCAGUUUACAGACAGUGAAAGAGAUAUGGAGGGAUUCUUUGAGGAUGAAGAUGGAAAGGAGUAUAUUUAUAAAGAGCCUAAACUCACACCUCUUUCAGAGAUUUCCCAGAGACUACAUAAGCUCUACUCUGACAAAUUUGGAUCAGAAAACGUCAGAAUGAUCCAGGAUUCUGGCAAAGUGAAUCCCAAGGAUUUGGACUCAAAAUAUGCAUAUAUACAAGUUACACAUGUAGUCCCAUACUUUGAAGAAAAGGAAUUGCAAGAGAGAAAAACAGAGUUUGAAAGAACUCACAAUAUUCGUCGUUUUAUGUUUGAAAUGCCCUUUACUCAAUCUGGUAAAAGACGAGGAGGAGUGGAAGAACAGUGUAAACGACGAACUAUUUUGACAGCUAUACAUUGUUUCCCCUAUGUGAAAAAGCGCAUUCCUGUAAUGUAUCAGCACCAUACAGAUCUAAACCCAAUUGAAGUAGCCAUUGAUGAAAUGAGCAAGAAGGUUGCAGAGCUCAGGCAGCUUUGUUCUUCAACUGAAGUAGAUAUGAUCAAACUGCAGCUAAAGCUACAGGGAAGUGUCAGUGUUCAGGUUAAUGCUGGUCCAUUAGCAUAUGCAAGAGCUUUCUUAGAUGACACAAAUACCAAAAAGUAUCCAGACAAUAAAGUGAAAUUACUGAAGGAAGUUUUCAGACAAUUUGUUGAGGCUUGUGGUCUUGCUUUGGGUAUAAAUGAACGACUUAUAAAGGAAGAUCAGUUAGAAUAUCAAGAAGAAAUGAAGGCUAACUACAGAGAAAUGGCAAAAGAACUUUCUGAAAUAAUGCACGAACAAAUUGUUCCUGUUGAAGAAAAGACCAGUGUUAUGUCUAAUUCACUACACAUUUUCAACGCCAUAAGUGGAACUCCAACAAGCACAGCAGUUCAUGGGAUUCCCAGUUCUUCUUCAGUUGCAUGAGUGUUUUGUAAAGGAAAGUAAUUUUUCUUAAUAUAUGCAUGGAUUUGCUUUAUUAUUUGCACACUCAGGAUGAUUUUAAAGCUAAAUAUUGGACACGUGCAAGCCAUGUAAAUUAGCACACUAAAACACUGAGCACACUAAAUCUCGGGACUGGCGGGAAUAAACAAUAGUGGUGGUAGACUUCUUUAAAUAGAAAGGUGAGCAUAUAUUUUUAAGUUUUGCUGGCAAUAUUAAAAGUUUUCAUGUCUUUGCAGAGGUCUGUCUUGGGGACUUUUAUGAUAGUUAAUUUCUCUUUUUCCUUAGAAAGUAUUAUUAAAAUGAAUGGCACAUUACAAAACGGUGGUGUAGAAUGUACAUUUGCAGAUAUAUAAUAUUCAGAUAUUCUUUUUAUGUAUGGCACAUACAGAUUGAUUCCAAGUUCAAGAACUAUUUUGGGACUAGAUCGAGACACUAAUUUUUUUUUUUAAUUUAAUGGAACUGACACUAGCAGCUUUUGUACCAUUGACAAAUUGUUGUGCUCCAUUUUAUACCUUGUCGGCAUAUUGAAAGUAUGUGAGCUUAAAGCUGAUGGAAAAAUUAAGUACAACCAAAGGUCUGUAUUAAUGAACACCAAGCACCAAGUUACACUAGAAUAUAAGUAGUGGUAAACUGAUUUGUACAUAUUGUUUGUUAAUACAGUCCAUAGAUUCUGUACAUAAAUGUAUUACAUUUCUAAACAAUUUUUAAAUAGUCAUAGCAGCUCUCAAGCCUUCUGCUUUAAAUUUAAUUGUGACAUAUUUGUGCUCAUUCCAAGUAUAUGCUAUAUACAGUUUGUUUAUUCUUGUAUAUAAAUAAGUGCAAUAUGAAGAUGUAUACAGUCUUUGCAAUGUUAGGUUUAUACACUGUUUUGAAAAAAAUCAUCCCUUUUGCCAAAGCAAUGGAAUACAAAAUAGGUGAUCAUAUUCUGUUAAUGGUGAUGUAAUUUAAAGCUUUUACCAUAUUAUUGUUCUUUUAAGACACUAAUUUAGUAAUUUUAUAUUUGGGGAAAUAAAGGUUUUAAAUUUUAUUUAACUGGAAGCACUGUCCUGCUGUAAUUAAACAUUCUGUACUACAUCUGUAUUAAAAAAAAGUAGCUAAUUUCUCUA